AUGUCGAAGGGAAGCAUUGUGGAUCCUCGCUUGAGGAUUGUGGCGUCCAAGAGGCUCUGCGAUUACGUGCAGAAGCACUUGGCGGAGGAGAAGAGCCUUCCGGAGAAUAUGGCGAGGAUUUGUGGGAAAGUGUCCAAGACAUCCUUGGAUGACGACACGAAAAUCUACCCAAAUGUGAUUUACACGGAGAAUGAGAAGAAAUUGCUGGUGUCAGCUGAGAAUUUCCUCGAGAAUCCACAAGGAAAGACGUCAAUUGAGGAGGAAAAACCGCCCAGUAAGAGUGAAAAGACAAAGAAGGAGCAAAUCCUGACUGUGAGAGACAUUAAGUGGCUCAGUGAGAAGCUGAAGGAGAAGAGAGAGUCUGGAGAUCAUCCGGUUUAUCUUCAUGAACUCCUGGAGAGCUCUUCGGUGCUUCUGCCGGAAAACCAAAUAAUCGCCAGAAGUCCGGAGCUCGAGAAGCGCUGUGAGACGCUGCGGAAGGAGCAGGAGGAUCGCAAUUAUCGCCAGAUGACGCGCAAUGUGGAGACUUAUCGGAAUCAUCCGUACGAAGACAGCAUUGCUUAUCAGAUGAAGCAGAUCAAUAAGCAACUGAUUGCCGUGGCGCAGUUCAUCUUCUCGGUGAUUGCGGGCUUCGUGUUUGGCUUCCUGGGCAUUCAGCUGAUUGUGGGGAAUCUGGACUUUGGCUUCCGCCUGCUGUUGGGCAUCAUGUUCGCCCUGAUCAUCGCUCUGGCCGAGAUUUACUUCCUGGCCAAGAAGCUCAAUGAGAAUGCCGAUGAAUUCAAGGUCGCUCGGUCGCCGGAGCACAAGAGCACCGCCGGUGGUGAGAAGGAGCAUCGGGACUGACUUCCUGGCUAGAUUAAUUCCCUUUCAGAAUAUGUGCUUAAUAUUGUUCGUUAUACUUUAUGAGUUUGAAUUGAAAUAUAUCCCAGGAAAAAAAUGAGACAUUUCUGACG